AGAAACACAUAGAUCGAUCAAACGAGUAGAGAAACUUAUCAAAGAAAAUAUCGAAUUGAGAAAGGAAGGCGCACGGUAGCGAUCGGUCAAGGUCUAAGCAUGGGGAGCCUGGCGAAGGCGGCUCUCGUGGCCGCCGUCGCGCUGGUGGCCGUCGCGCUGGAGGUCGGGCUCGUCGGCGCCAACUUCCGGGACGAUUGCGAUAUCACUUGGGAGCCGCAGAACGCCAAGAUGGACGAGGGGGGCAACCACCUCACGCUCUCCCUCGUCAGCAACUCUUCAGGCUGCAUGCUCCGGAGCAAGAAGCAGUUCAUCUUCGGCAGCGUCUCCACUCGGAUCAAGCUGGUCAAGGGCAACUCAGCCGGCACCGUCACCACCUACUACACGUCCUCCAUCGGCGACAACCACGACGAGAUCGACUUCGAGUUCCUGGGCAACGAGACCGGACAGCCCUACACCGUCCACACCAACGUCUUCGCCGACGGCGUCGGCCAGAAGGAGAUGCAGUUCCGGCCGUGGUUCGACCCCACUGCCGACUACCACAACUACACCAUCUUCUGGAACGAGUGCAUGAUCGCGUGGUUCAUCGACAGCAUCCCGAUCCGCGUGUUCAGGAACUACUCGGCGCGGGGCGUCCCGUUCCCGACGCGGCGGCAGAUGUACGCCUUCUCCAGCAUCUGGGCGGCGGAGGACUGGGCCACGCAGGGCGGCCGCGUCAAGACGGACUGGAACAAGGCGCCCUUCGUCGCCGAGUACCGCGACAUCAGCCUGCAAGUCUGCGACUGCGCCCCCUCCGCCGGCGGCGCCGCCGGGUGCCCGGAGAGCUGCGCGUCGCCGGCCAACUGGUAUGCCGAGCCGGACCUGUGCCAGCUGAGCAAGGCGCAGCUGCGGCAGAUGCGCGCCGUGCAGCUCGGCUACACCAUCUACGACUACUGCGCCGACGGCAAGAGGUACAACGGCACGGUGCUGCCCGAGUGCAGCAUGCCGCAGUACUGAACAGAUGAAUUAAUGAGAGUGAUCGAUGCAACACGUCAUAUGUAUACUGAAUUCAUUUUUCUUUUUCUUUUCGACCUUCGAUUUUGCACGCAUUUUGUGGAAUAUGCAGAAGUGUUAUUGGUUUAAUUCGUUAA